AUGCGCAUCACGACAUUCAUAUCGGCCCUGUGCGCCGCGGCACUAGCCCGAGCCGACCCUCGCACAGCGCAAAUCUACAUCCAACCCCUUUCGUCGUCGACCUCGCCGUCGUCGGACGCGAAGCCCUCCCGCCUCGCCGAGAUAUCGUACGACCCGCAUACGUCGUCGUCGUCGACGGUGGUAUCGUACGAGGCGCCCGAUCUCCCCUCCUCCUCCGAUGAUGAUGACGGGGAAGAUGGCGACGGUACGGUGCUGGUCCGCGUGGGGCUCUACGACACCGAGAGCGCUCGGUGGCUGUCCGGGACGACGGUGGCGUCGGCCGACAACUUCGCCAAGGGCUUCUCGCCCAACAUCAUCCUCACGGUCAGUGGGGGCGGCGACGUGGUCGGCGUGGCGUGCAAGGGCGUGCGCAUCGACGCCGGGCAGACGCGCGACUUCGGUCCCAAGGCCCUGGUCGUGGUGGAGGCGAGAGGAAAGCAGCCGGAGCUGAACAAGCCGGUUGUCAUAUCGACGAAUGGGAAGCAGGUCGAGGAGCAGGAGAAGACGUUCCUCCAGAAGUAA